AUGUCGACGGUGGACCUUGCAGUGGUUGGAAAUGGCAUGUUUGGAGCGCUCGUGGAUGAGACCGGCCGAUUCGUCUGGUGUUGCAUGGAUACAUUCGGUGGAGACCCAGUCUUCAACUGCUUAGUGAACAACAACUCGGACAAGACAGGUUUCUACGACGUCGUGCUGGAAGACUUCAACAAGUCCGAACAACUUUACGAAGAUGCCAGCACGGUCCUGAUCACGAAGCUGUUCUCCGACAAAGGUGACGUAGUCGAGAUUCGGGACUUUGCACCUCGCUUUGUCCACUACGACCGAGUAUUCCGACCUUUUCAACUGAUCCGCUUGGUCCGGAGGUUGCAGGGAGAUCCACGAAUCUCUAUACGGAUCCGCCCGACAUUCCAGUACAAUUCCACAGACGGCUACCAGACACGUGGCUCGCAGCACGUCCGGUUCUGUGGUCCGAAGCAGACAUGGCGGGUCACUACCAACAUGCCCAUCAGGCGAGUCAUCGAGGAAAUUCCAUUCCUGGUCGCGGAUGAGCCCGUCAUCAUUGUCUUUGGCAGCGAUGAAUCCUUCACGAACUCGCUCUCGCAGGUUGCCAUGGAGUUCGAGACCAAGACAACCAUCUACUGGAAGCAUUGGUGCAGCAGCCUUUGCCUGCCUGUGGAGUUCCAGCAGGUCCUCAUGCGUGCAGCCAUGACUCUUGCUAUGAAUCAGUCCGAGGAUUGCGGCGGCUUCCUGGCGAGCCUGUCUAUGGGCCUGCCGCUGGGGCCCUUCUGCCCUUCGACUCGAGAUUCAAGAGUAUGCCGUCUUCUGGAUGAGUGUCUGGCCUUGCCCGUGCUGCGAGACAUGGGGCUCCUGGACCUCUGCAAGAAGUUCCUGGGCUUUGCCAAGGAGAUUUGCUACAGGGAGCAGCUCCCGCAGCACGUGUACAACUCCUGGGGUGCUCUACAGGACACGCAGCGAGAGUAUGCCCCUUAUCUUGCUGGAUAUCGCGGCAUGGGUGAGGUGCACAGCGGCGGCAUGCUGCUUGAAGAUCCCCCUAUCGACGACGAGGUGUGGGAAUUGUGCAUAGUGGUUCUGGCAAGGUGUGACAGUGGCAUUCGCUGGCCCCGGAACCUCUCAGGACUCAUGGCUGCUAAGCGAAAGGCCACCCCUUUGGACACCCUGCCGCCCAUCUGUGGGGGCGCAGUGGUCACAAGCGUUGUAAUGUACCCGGUGGAUGUGGUGCGCGCAAUCUGUAUGGCCAAUCCCGGAACAGGUGCGGGAGAAGCGCUUAGGGGCUUUCUUCAGGCUCACGGCAUCAUGGGCUUCGUGAAGCAGGGCUUGGUUGCGGAGGUCACGAGGGCAUCCAUUUCGCGAGCCAUCAAGUUUUUCAUGCAGCCCAUCGUGCACAGGAAUCUCUAUGGAGUGCCAGAGACCAAGGGCACUCCUGUGAGCAAGGGCCUGGCCGGUGCAAUCGGAACGUUUCCGGAGGUGCUGGCGAUCUCGCCGUUGGAGAACAUCAAGCUGGCAGCGCAGCUGGACAAGGAAGGCAAGUUCAGUGGAUCCGCUGACAUCGCCAAGCACAUCUUGAAGACCCGAGGGUUCAACGGCCUGAUGAUCGGGUAUGCGGGCAUGCAGGUGCGUCAGUGCUUGUGGACUGGCGGCUUCUUCCUGACGCUGGAUCUCUACAAAGGCUGGGUUAGCAGUGUGGUCUCGAACAAGCUUGCCCAGGAUGUGUUGUCUGGCUUCGCCGCCGGGGCCACUGGCACUGCCAUGAACUGCUGGACUGAUGUCUGCCGCUCCAUCGUGCAGAAGAAGGCAUUGGCCGACACCUUUGACCCGGCCAUUCCCAGGCCAAGCUUCCUGGCACCUUACAAUCCUGUGCCUUUCUUCUCGGAGGCAGCGAACCUUGCCCAAACCAAGGGCAUCGGUGGCCUCUAUGCGGGCGUUGGCCCCAAGAUGGUGCACCUCGGCGGCAGCGGCGCCAUCCUGGCGGUGCUCAUGCCGCGCUUCAAGACCAUGUGGCCGGGGCACCCGGAGCGGGAGAAAAGUGACAGAGACGACGGACAUGACGGACACGGCCUUUCCCUACUCUCAUGCCCCUUCUACACUCUACGUGGUGUGAUGCUGCAAUCUGCAGACUUCAUUGAUACCCAGUCAACAUCGCACCUCGGCUGCUUGCGUUUGCUUCGUUUCCCGCUUGUUGUGCGAGUCAAACGGUUGGCAAUCUCAUUGGUGCAUGCCUUUUUCGACAUACGCCUGUCUCAGGAGCUCUGCACGCCGCAGCUGUGCGAAAAACUGGAGCUCUACGCGCGAAAGGCCUGCAGCGCGUUCGCUCACAGGUGCCAGCUCUACAAGGCCUAUCCCGGAUCUGAUGAGAAGCCAAGGCUUCCAUUGGGGGCAGGCUUUUUCGACGACGACUUGCACUUUUUCGUGUGCGAGGGCCCUGAUGACACGCACCUGCACUCUGACGGCGACGGCCCGGUGUCGGUCCACACGCUGACGUCGGUGCUCUGCUGGGCAGCGGCCGAUCGGCUUCAUCGAGUCGCUGCUCACUACUUCAGAGAUCCAGAGCGUGCCGAUCACUGGCAGCGGCAAGCCCUUGAGAUUCACGAGGAGAUUUGUCGGCAAGCUUGGAGCCCCACACGAGGUGCGUUCACCAGUCACUGGGGUGGCACAAGGGUCGGGCCGUCCGUCCUGCGUCUGGCAGAGCUUGGAUUCAUUUCGCCAGAGGAUGCUCGCUUCCGCGGAACCGUGCGAGCCUUCGAGGCGGACGCAGCGCUCUGCGCCAGUUGUUUGAAAGGCGCAGAUGGGGAGGUACUUGGCGAGGAGUCAAUUUUAACUGCCUUCGCCACGUGCUUCACAACGAACACGCUGCUUUGGUACAGCGAAGCGCUUCGCAGUAUCGGGGCAACCAUCGAAUCCAGGCGGCUGGUGGAGGCAGUGCUGAAGACCUCGAAGCAUCCCGGCAUGCUGGCCGAGGCCAUCGAUCUUCGAACUGGCGAGCAGUGGGGAAACACGCCUUGCACGGCUGCGCUGCUAUCGUUGCUGAGAGUGGCCCCAAGACUUUCGAGAACAUGGCGGGAGGUUUAG